CUACCUGCUUGCGCGUGUGAAGACUGGCUGUGGCUGAGGUUGCCCAGAGACAGCUGCACACAGAGGAGAGAGGACCUGGCGCCGAGGGAAAGAGCUGCCCAUCCAUGUCAGACGCACCAGAGUCCGAUUACACCCGGUGAUCAAGGCUUUCCUCUGUGGCUCCAUCAGCGGGACCUGCUGCACCCUCCUCUUCCAGCCCCUGGAUCUCAUCAAAACACGCCUGCAGGCUCUCCAGCCCUCAGACCAUGGGUCCAGGCGCGUGGGGAUGGUGGCCGUUCUCCUGAGGGUGGUGCGCACCGAGAGUCUGCUGGGCCUCUGGAAAGGGAUGUCUCCGUCCAUUGUGAGGUGUGUCCCUGGCGUUGGGAUCUACUUUGGCACUCUGCACUCUUUGAAGCAGCAUUUCUUGCGCGGCCGUCCUCCCACUGCCCUGGAGUCGCUCAUGCUGGGCGUGGGCUCUCGCUCGGUCGCAGGAGUGUGCACGUCACCUCUCACGGUGGUCAAGACGCGCUUUGAGCCUGUGGCGGUCACUGGGCCCGUGCUCCCUUUGCAGAGCGGGAGGUAUGGCUACGAGAGCAUCUGCACGGCCCUGAGGAGCAUCUACCACAACGAGGGCCACCGAGGCCUCUUCAGUGGCCUGACAGCAACUCUCCUUCGUGACGCGCCCUUUUCAGGGAUCUACCUGAUGUUUUACAGCCAGACCAAAGGCAUCGUGCUCCAUGGUACAGACCAGCUGGAUGCAGCCUUUGUUCCUGCCGUGAAUUUCAGCUGCGGGAUAUUUGCCGGCAUCCUGGCCUCGCUGGUGACUCAGCCCGCAGACGUUAUUAAAACGCACAUGCAGCUCUCCCCAGGGAGGUUUCAGUGGAUCGGUCAGGCAGUGGCAUUCAUUUUCAAGGACCAUGGGCUGCGUGGCUUCUUUCAAGGCAGUGUUCCCCGGGCGCUGCGCAGAACUCUGAUGGCAGCCAUGGCAUGGACCGUCUAUGAAGAGAUGAUGGCCAAGAUGGGCCUGAAGUGCUGACACGGGAGGCUGGGAAAGGGACGAGCUGUCGUCUUGCCCGGUUCCUGCCACGGCUGCUGCACCUCGCCAGCCCGCAGAGCCAGGCAGAGACAGGAGCAGCGCUGGCUAGAGCCGCCAUCUCCCAGCGGUAGAGGCCCAGCUCCGCACACCAGCCAGUACAGCCUGGGGAGCUGGGAGAGGCCGGCUGUCCCCACCUGCAGGGCAUUUCCAGAGAGGCCUGUGCCAGGCAGCCCUGCCUUGCCUUCCACCUACCCCACAGAGGCUCCUUGGGUACGCUCGUGGGCAGAUUCUCGUGUGGGGGAAGCCGUGGGCCGUGUCUGAGGAGCUGCAGGGAGGGAGGGAGGGCUGGAUGGAAGGAGCGCUGUCAACCACGGCUGAGGUGAAGUCAGAAGGAAGGACAGAUACCAGUGUUAAUUGGAUCCCAGUGCACAUGCCAGAGGCUCUGGGGAAUGGAGACAGGGUCUUCCUAGUCUCUAAAUGUCCAUAGCAAAACUUUUGGUCUGGGCCCCUGUACUGUUCUAACUGUAGGCUGUUCUGGCAUCUUCCAUAUUAAAGUUGAGAUGAUUCAAGUGAA